AUGGAGAGACGUUUCGCUCGGGAUCCUCCUUUUCGAGCCCUCUAUGCCGACUUCAUGCGGCAGUAUGAGGACCUGCGUCAUAUGUCUCGCGUGACUCCGGACGCUACGUCGCGCAGACCGGUGCAUUACUUGCCGCAUCACGGCGUGCUGCGGAAGAACAGUGUCACCACGAAGCUGCGCGUAGUUUUUAACGGCUCCACGCCAACUACUUCGAAAAGAACCCUCAACGAUCACUUGAUGGUGGGUCCGAACUUGUUGCCUCCGCUCGCCGACGUGCUACUCCGUUGGCGACGGCACCGCUUCGGUCUAGCCACCGACGUCGAAAAGAUGUUCCGACAGAUCUUGGUACACCCGGAUGACAGGGAUCUGCAAAGGAUCCUGUGGCGGGAUUCCCCGCAAGACAGCCCUGCCGAGUACCAGCUGAGCACAGUGACCUACGGCCUAGCGUGUGCUCCGUUUCUAGCGAUGCGCGCUCUCAGGCAAUUAGCUGAGGACGAGGGUAAGCAGUACCCUCUAGGAGCGGCCGUUCUCCUGCGAGAUGUCUACAUGGACGACAUCUUAACCGGAGCAGCGACGAUGGCGGAGACCCAGGAGAUGUGCAAACAGCUGUCCAGUAUCUGCAUGGCGGGCGGCUUCCCUCUCCGGAAGUGGUCAGCCAGCGACUCAGCGGUGAUCUGGGAUAUCCCGCCGGAGCACCAGUUGCAGCGCGAGACCCGUGACUGGCGACCACACGAGGCUCACUCCACCUUAGGACUGCAGUGGCACCCCGCCACGGACGAUUUCUCUUUCGCCACCCGGCACAUCGCACUGCCAUCCGUCACCAAGAGGUCUGUACUGUCUCUGGUGGCGCAGCUAUUCGACCCUCUCGGCUGGCUAGCACCGGUCGUGGUCCGCGCCAAGAUUGCCUUCCAAUCGACUUGGCUUCAAGACUUGAGUGGGACGCUCCGCUCGACGACGCCUCCGCGUCAGCCUGGGUCACCUUUCACGCCCAGAUACCAGUACUCGAGCAAAUCCGAGUACCUCGCUGGAUUAAUCUGGGUCCUUCUUGCACCCGCAUCGAGGUCCAUGGCUUCUCCGACGCCUCAGAACGAGCAUAUUCCGCCGUCGUGUACCUAA